AUGUACAAUUUUUGUAAUGAAACUGGACACAACAAAGCUACAUGUCCAAUGUGGGGUCCUUCUGAAGUAGGUCCAAGUAAAGCAAGAAAGAAGAGUAAUGCAAGAAACUGUCCUUCACAAGCAGGUCCAAGCACUCCAGCUCCAAGUGCUCCAACACAUGUCAAUCAAGAUCCUUUGACUCAAGACCAUGUCCCUGUGAAUCAAGAGCCUGUCAUUCAAGUGAAUGUCCCUGUGAAUCAAGAGCCUGUCAUUCAAGUGAAUGUCCCAGUGAAUCAAGAGCAUGUGAAUGACGAACCUGUGAAUCUAGAGAAUGUGGAUGAAGUUCCUGUCAACCAAGAUCAUGUGAAUGAAGUUCCUGUGCAUGAAGAUCCUGUGAAUGAAGUACCUAUCAACCAAGAUCUUGUGAUUCCAGUACCUGUUAACCAAGUGCCUGUGAAUCUUGGUGUUAGAGUGCCUAAGAGACUUGGUGUUAGAGCAAGGAAGCCUUCAGAGAGAAUCAACAAGAUACAAAUCAGGAAGCAGGUUUUCCGAAAGGAUGGCAAAGGAGUGACUGAGGACAACCCAAUUACUUUAGAUUUAGACUGA